AUGAAUUUAAAAGGUUUGAUAAUUAUCCAUUUAAUACUAAAUAGGAUUUUCCUUUCUUUAGGCUAAAAAGAUGGUGAUAUUUAAUGUAACCAAGCAUGCUAAGAUUGCUCUAGUGAUAAAAAUUUUGAGUGCCUUGGAUGUAAAUACCCAUUUUAUUUUGAUCAGAAUAGCUAUAGUUGCGUCUAAUCUUGCCCUAGUGGAACAUAUGAAAACUAAAAAAUGGAAUGCGUUUCCUGCGCUUCUUAAUUUUGCUUAAGCUGCUCAUCUACUCAAUGCUAUUAAUGCUAAUCUGGAUACUCUGUGAAUCCAGAAGAUUAAUAAGGAUGCAUUUCGAAUUGUUAAGAUGGAUAAUACUUCCUUGAUGGAGAGUGCGUAUAUGAAUGUAGCAUUUAAUCUAAUAGCUAUUCUUUAGAUCCUUCUUCAAAUACAUGCAUUUAGUUAUAGAUUUGCCCUUAAUUAUCUUAUAUUCCUGCAUCUUAAGCAGUUGGUCUAUAAUAGUACUUUAGCACAUCUAUCAGUGAAGAUAAUAGCACUAUGCUUUAGAUUGAUCAAUAUGGCAAAGUUAUUGUCAAGUCAAUUCCUUAGCUAGAACUUCAAGCUUAUUAUACAUUUCCUCAGUUAACAUAAAUCUCAGAUUGUGUACUGCUAGUAGAAUAAUUAACAUAAAACAAAAUAUUAUCUUGUAUAAAUACUAAUACUUAAGUUUUAGCUUUUUAUAUCUCAUCUGGCAUACUUUUAUCAUAAAAUAUUACAUUUAAUUAAUAAAUGGCAAAUAUGAAAUAUUUAGAUGGAAUGAAAAUUACUUUUAUGACUUAAACAAGAUAAAUAGUCUAAUACGACUUCCAAUCUUAACAAUUUUUUGUUGUUGAUAAUUCAUCAAAUAGUCUAAAUUAAAUACUUAGUGUUUAAAAUUAUCAGAAAAAAAAUGAUUAAUACAUUCUUGCUAUUAAUUCCACAAAUACAAUUUUUUACUAUGAUUAAACAUUUAAUAAGAAAAUACUUUUGUAGUAUUCAUCAAAGACCACUCUUUAUAUGAAAAAUUUAAAUACCUAAAAUAUGUGGGCAUUCUACUAAAAUAAUAAAAUAGAUUUUUAUUAAAUAAUAUUUGGUUAGGCUCCUUUACUUGUCAAAUAAAUUACUUCAUAAAAUGUCAUCUUUUAAAUAUUGAGAUCUAAUUAAAAUUUGAUUCUAAUUGAUAGUCAAAAUAUAGUAGCAACUUAAGUAUUCUAAAUUAGUUCAAAUAUGUAGGUCACUGAAAUCACUAACACAUUGCCACCUGCUUUCUUUAAUUCUGAUUGCUUUUGGAGAUCAAAUAAUUUCUUCGUCUCUCAAAAACAAGAUCAACUUUAUAUUUUCAACUUUACCUCAAAUAAUUUUACUCUUUCUUAUACCUUAUAAUUAUCUUAACCUUUUGUUUGCUCACAAACUACCUAAUAUGUCAUACAAAAUAAUAAUAAAGUUUUUUUGUUAAUUAGAAUAAAAUUAGAUGUGUAAAUUUAAGAGCUCACUUAAAGCCAAUUAAUGUCUGUAAAUUCUAUUUAAACUUAUUUCUCAUCUGAAUAGCAUGCCAGUUUCUAUACUUAGAUAUUAUUAACUUACCGAAUAGUUAAUUUUUUGAAUACUGCUACAAAUAAUUAAAUUUUAGAGUUAAAAGCUAAUGGAAUUGCUAAUUAAUAUGAUUUAGAGUCAAGAUAGAUUGCUAAAUAAUUCUAUAUUUGGGAUGAUUUUUAUUAUCCAGAUUAAAUAGCCAUUACAACUUUACGUCUAUACAGCUGUUUAAUUGUAAAAGAAGAGGAAAAAAUAAUAGUUACUGGAAUAAGAAAUGGAGUUUUAACUGUAAGAGAAUUGAAUUUAUAUACUUUUGAAAUACUUUUAGAAAACUAGUUUAGUAAUGUAGACAUUACACCUAGUUAAAUAAGUUAUUUUAAUUAACCAUUCUACAUCCAAAGUACAAAAACCUUGAUAGUUUAUAUUAGUAGUAUACAAAUCCCUGCCCUUUAAACAGAAUUAAGACAACUUCAUAUUUUUAAUUAUAGCUAAAUAAAUAAACAAUACAACUACAAAUUCUCAGUCAGAUAAAUAGUAUACGAUGUUUAAGUUUCACAGAAAACUGGUGAUGUUAUUUGUUUCUUAGCUUUGUAAGUUUACCUCACUUAAAUAGUCAUCUACAAUGUUUACAAAAAUUAAAAUCCUGUUUACAUAUCUCAAACAUUUUAUAAUGUUUGUGCAAAUUAGUUAGGGAUUAUAAGUAUGAACCUUCUCAACAAUUAUAAGAGAUUUGUAUUUAGUAAAUAUACAAGCAUUAUAUCUUAUUAUAUAUCUCCAAAUUUAAGCUAUUAGAUAUUUAGCUUAAGUCCUUAUAAUACUGUUUAAAUUGUCUCAACUGUAGAUAAUAAAAUCCUAUAAGUAAUAACUAGUGGUGCAUACAUUCCAUAAUACAUUAGAUAUGACAAUAAAGUAUUUAUUUGCAGCAAUACUUACACUUUAUCAUACUAUGAUGGAGAUACAAACACACUCAUACUUUACCAAAACUAAUAUUAUGGACAAAACAUAUAGGCCUUUUUACAUAAAUAAAAUUAAAUUAUAUUUAUAAAUACAAAGGUCUAUCUCACAAUUAGUUUAGAUAAUCCAAAUCUUUAAUUAUAGAAGGUUGCAUAAAAUGCUAUCUUGUAGCCAUCUCAAUUUGAUGAUAUUUAAAUUCCUUUAAGUUUUAAUAAAAAUUAGGUAGAGUAAAUGGUUGAUGUAAAAUCAAUAUUUUGCUAUGAAUAUUAAAGUGAUGAUUAUUUAAAUACAUCAUUUUUCUUACAUGUUGUUAAUUUUUAUGAGUUAGAUAUACAGCUAAAUGUUUAUCCAAAUAGAAUAAAUGUGAUUAAAUACCAAAAGAUUAUAGCAUAUAUUAAUAUCGAUUUAAUUCAACCACAAGAUCUAGUUUUUGAUAAUUACAGAUACUAUCUAUUGUAUGAUAAAAAAGGAUUUUAUUUUCCCAAUUAAAAAUAUAUGGUAAUCGUUGUUGGAUAUCAUAUUGCUUUUAUUAGCUCAUCUAACUUUGAAAUUCUAUUUCAUUAUGUGUCUUAAUCAGUAUUUAUGAAUCUUGCUAUUGAUAUAGAAUUAGGUUACAUAGCUUUUAUAGAAAACUACUAAGAUUGCAUAAUCGACUUAAACGCUAUUUCUAAAAAUUGCAUAACUAAUAAUUAUGCAUUAAACGAUGAUUAUUUUCAUGGAACUAUUAUUUAAAGAAAAAAAUAGUUGAUAAUCUUUUAUAGUUAAUAUAAUUUAAGAGUUUACUCUUUAAAAGAAUAAAUUUAUAAGUUUUUAAAAUAUUCAGUAGACUUUUUACCUUAUUCUAUAUAGUAUAAUGAUUCUGGUAGCAUUAUUAUUAUUGGAGAGAAUUAAAGUUAAAGUUUUAAGAUACUUAAUUUAGAUACAUUUUUAUUGUUGGAUACAUCUUUCCCGUCAUUUACUACUUAAACUUUUGAGAAUCUGUAUUAGUUUUAUUUUUUCUCUGAUCAAGUAUAAGUGAUGCUAUUUUCUUCUUACAGUAAUUAUAUAGUAAUCUAUAACAUAAAUACUCAGGAGAGUCUUUAAAAAAUCUAAUUGUAGUACUAAUUUAAUUAUCAAAGUCAAGUAGUUGUUGAUGAAAAUCUUGAUUUGAUUAUAUUCAUUGAUAACUAAAACUAAAUUGAAAUUAUUUCUUAUGAUACCAAUUAAGUUGUUAAAAUAUUUUAAUUAGAUAAGUAAUAAAACGACCCAAAUGCAUACUAAAAAAUAUUGAUUUGGGAUAAUAACAAGAGAAAACUCUUUGCAAGCUCAAAUAACAUAUUUUAUAUAUUUGAUUAUGAUACUAACAUUUUUAUUUGCAAGUACCAAUUUUAGCUUACAAUCUUUGAUAUUUAUAUCAGCUUCAAUAAAAAUUAAAUAUUUGUUACAGACUAUUUGAAUUUAAAAGUUUUUGAUUACUCUAUCCUUGAGUUUAAUUAAAAUUCAUUGUUGCCAUAAAAUUCAAUUCCAAAUAUAUUAAAGAUUAAUGAAAGCCAAUAUAUUUUGUUUGACAAUAGUCAAUCUACUCUUAAAAAUAUAGUUAAUGGUGAAGUAAAAGAUGUUAAAUACUUUAAUUAACUAAAUCCUUCAUACUUUUACUUCAAUUAUUACAAUAAAAAUAAUUCCUAAAUUUAUGUAAUAACAUUUAAUUAACUCUCAAUCUAUAAUGUAACUUCAGAUAGGAUAAAUCCAAUAUUUUCUUAAUUGCUUGAUUCUUAAAUAAUAACUUUUAUCAGUGAUUCUGAUUUUCAAGUUCUUUUUCUAACGCAAAAACAAUCUUUAUACUCUCUUUAGAAAAAUCAAACUACCCCAUAGCUCUUGAUCCUUAUCUAUAUCUCAACAGGAAUAGGCCAAUUUUUUAUGAUUGAUGAUUCAUUUUUAAUAUACUGCUCAACCAAAAACACAAGCUAAUGGAAUAAAAUAACGUUUUAAAACUCCUAGUCUCUUUCUUCUUAAAUAAAACUUGACUAAUUUUAAUUUAAUAUAGAAUAAAAUGAUAUUGUUAAAAAAAUUGUUAGGAUAGACAAUACUUAGAAUAUCAUAAUAUUAACGAAUAAAUGUAUACAAAUAAUUGAUAUUUUGACAGGAAAUAUUUUAGAAAUAUCUCAAUUAGAUUUCUAAAACCAACAUUCUUAAAUCUAAUUUGAUCCUAUUUAUUAAAGGAUUUACUACGUAGAUAGAAUUAUAGGAUUAAAAGUAUAUGGCCUAAACAUGCAAGUUUUUAAGUAGAAUUUACCAUCUUCAGGUAUAAAAUUAAAAAUUGAGGGUGCUUUCAUAUUUAUGCUUUCAUUUAACUCUGUAAGUAUAUAUUUAAGAUAAGACCUCAAAUUAUUCUAAAUAAUUAGAAAUUUUAACAGCACUUAAUCAUUAAUAGAUAUUGAGUACACUGGAUUUAAUAAUAUAUUCGUUUUAUAUUUUGACAAUUCAAUUAGUUUUUUUAAUGCUAACCCUUUCACUUAACCUAAGUUAAUUGAUUUCUUAUAAGUAAACAAUUAUAAGGUUUUAUUAUCUUAAAUACAGUCCCAGAAUUCUUAGUAUUUAAUAGUUGAUAUGAUGAUUAUAACUAUAUAAAAUGCUAUCAAAUACACUGCUUAGUUAAAUGUUGGCUCAAUUUUAAAUAGUAUUUGUUCUGCCUAGUUAUAAAUACGAACAGACUAAAAUGAUUUAAUAACCAAAAAUCAAUAGAGUGAUUAUUUGAAUUUAUUGUCACUUAAAUAACUCUUAAUUUAGAACAUUGUCUAUAGUAUGUACAUAGAUAAUGACGAAUAAAUUGAUCUAAAGUAUCCUUUUGUUAGUUCUGGAUCUGUUACUAACUAAUACUCACUAAAUAUUUAAGCUAUAAAUAAUAAUAGUAUUUAUCUAAAAACUCAAAGUAGCACAGAUUAAAAUAUUGUGGAGCUGUAACUAUAAAACUUAACAAUUUCAUUUAAAAACUUAAAUAAUACUCAGUUCUUGUUUGGAAAUCAAACCUUUAAAAAAUUAGAAAGAUUAUUUUUAAAUGACAUAGAAUUAUAAGAUUUUGGUAAUAACCAACUAACAUUUGAAGGUAUUAAUCAUCUUUUUAUAUAAAAUUUAGUGAUUAAUGGUGAAUAAAUUCAACAGGUAAACAAAUAGAUUAUGCUUUUCUAAAAUAUUGAUAUAAUUGUAAUACAGAACAUGACUUUUAUCAAUUGUUAAUUUAAUAAUAUAAUAAAUCUACUUAAAUUUGUUAAUAUAAACAAACUAAACAUAAAUAAUUUCAACAUCAAACUUAACAGUUUAAAUUCAAACUUUAAACAAAGCUCUAUGAUAAAUAUCUCAUAUGUUAACUUACUUACAAUAAAUAAUACUAAUCUUUUAAAGAAUACAUUUUAAAACAUUUAAAUAUUCACAAUAACUAAUGUUACUUCAAUUAGUAUUAGCAACAUGGUAUCAUCUUAAAAUUAAAUAAUAAUCAAUUAAAACCUAGAUUUAAAAGGAAUUAUUUUCUACUUUGAAGCAACCCCAUAGGUAGAUUUUCAAAAAAUUAAAUUUAAUACUCUUAACUUUACAUCUCUCUCAUCCAUUUCUUUAUUAAAAUUCUCUAAUGUAAAUCAAACUUUGCUAUUUAAUGAUUUUUAUUUUGCGAACUUUACAUUAGAAAACAAUUAUAAUAGCUCGAUUAGUAGUUAAUAACUUUUUAUUUUAGAAUGCGAGGGAAUACUUAAUUCUAAUUUCUCAAAUAUCCAGAUAUUAAAUUCAGAUAUGAUAGGAUUUAUUAACUUACAUGACUUAAAAAAUAAAAACGGAAUUAUUAUUUAAAAUUAAAUAUCAACCUACUACAACUAUUAGCACACUUUUUCAAAAACAAAUCAAUUAAUGAUACUUAAUGCUGAAUAAUUAACAAUAUCAAAUUCUAUUUUUUCAUCUAUUUCUAGCAUUAAUUCAGAUUCUGGCUUUAUUUAAAUUUAAGUUAGCUAAAACUUUCUUUUAGAUACAACUUAAAUUUAAAGCGUUGAUCUUAAGUAAAAUAGCUUUAUUUAUAUAUCCUAAAGUCCUUAAGCAGUUAUCCAAAAUGUUGAUUCAAAAAAUAUAGAAACAAACAGCAUAGCAAGCGUUUUUUAUUUAUCAUAAAUUUCUAGUUUGAUAAUGAAAAAUAACACUUUUAUCUCAAAUAUAUCUAACCUUGAUGGAGGAGCUAUAUAUUUAAACUUAAUAGAAGAAAUAAUCAUUUUAGAUAACACUUUUUAGUAAAACGAAUCAAAGACAGGUAAUGGGGGAGCUAUUUACUGCUUCAGUAGCAUAUUUUCUUAGUUUGAGGGCAAUACUUUCUUUAAAAAUUCUUGUCCAUAAGGUUCAGGUGGAGCAUUGUUGUUGAACAAUUGCGAUAUUAAAAGCAUGAUAUAAAAUACUUUCUAAUAAAAUUCUGCUCUAAUAGGAGGUGCUUUUAGAUAUUAAGGCAUAUAACCUUAUGUUUUAUAAAAAAAAAAUGUGAGCCGAAGGUUACUUACCUUAAAUUUAAAUUCUUUUAUCAAAAAUUCUGCAUAAUUAUUUGGAAAAAAUAUAGGUUCUUAUCCUAUUUAUUUGGAUGUUAAAAAUUAAAUGAAAGAUGACUAAAAGAUUUAAAGUUUUUAAUUAGAAAAUUUAUAAAGUGGUAGCACAUCUUCACCAAUAUUAAUGAGAUUAAUUGAUGAAGAAAUGAGAGAAAUAAGUUUUUUUAAAAAUACAAAGUAGAUAAAUUAAGAGAUUCUGAUUGAAUUUGGUAACUAUUUACUUGAAGUGUAGAGUAAAGAAGUUGGGCUUGAUGGUAAUCUCAGAUAGAAUUAUAAUUUUGAUUAAUUUGGUUUCCUAUUUAAUGUGUCCUAUUCUUAUUAGCCUAAUGCUAACUCAUCUAUUUUAAUUAAAACAGUUAGCCCGAUUUUUAUUUUAAAUACCACAACUUUUAAAUUUGACUAUGAAGAGCUAAGUAUUUCUAUUGAUGUUAACUUCAGGAAGUGUUAGUAAGGAGAAAUUUUACAAGCUUUGUAGAAAUAUUAAAUAUGUUAUACUUGCUAAUAAGGAAAUUAUUGCCUACAAGAUCCAAAUUAAUUUGAAAAUUUAUAGUGUCUCAAAUGUCCUAUUGGUUCUAAAAAUUGCCAUUCAAAUAUCAUUCAGUUAUAAAAUGGAUACUGGAGUUAGGACUAAAACUCUGACUAAAUAUAUGAAUGUAUUAAUCCAGAAAAUUGUAUCCCUGAAGAUCCUUCAAAUAAGUUUGGAUGCUCUCUGGGACAUGUAGGAGCUAUUUGUGAAACUUGUGAUUCUUAAGGAGUUGUUUGGGGCUCAAAAUUUGGAAGAAGUAAUGGUGGAAUUUAGUGCUAAGAAUGCAUUAAGCAAAAUACAAUAAACUCUAUCCUAUUUCUAUUUCUAUUUUUGAUUAUAUUUUGCGCUUAUUUAAUAUUUUAAAUUUAAAGAUAGCUGACAUUAAUAUAAAAAAAUAUGAGCUGGUUUUAUUUAAGAAAACUUAAAUUAAUUAUACUAUAAAAUCAAAAUAUUAGCAGUGUUUCUUCUUACAUCAAAAUUCUUAUCAACUAUUUAUAAUUUAUAGCAUUAAUAAAUAACUUAGGUAUUUAGACUUAAUAGUUUCUCUCUGUUGUUGAGAUUGGAGGUGGAGAUCCUGUAUAGCAUACAGUUUAUAAUUUAGAUUGUAUAUUUAGUAAUUAUGAUUUCUAAAUUCCAUUGUAUGCAUUAAGAGUAUUAUUUAUCAAUUUCUAAAUAAUUGUUAUAUAUUUACUGAUCCAACUAGUAAAAAGCCUUACAAACAUCUUUAAGAUAGAUGACCGUUCAUUUUAGAUUUCUUCUUUCACACUAGUAUACUUAUUCUUUAGUUCUUCAAUAAUUAAAGUAUUGAUAUAGUCUUCAUCUUGUAGAGAAAUAGCAGGCAAUCUAUAUAUUAUUUCUGAAAUGCAGUAUAUGUGUUAUACAGAAAAACACAAUUAAAUCUUACUAUAUUUAAUAGUACCAUUACUUUCAAUAUGGUUCAUUAUAAUCCCAACAUCAUUUUCUAUUUAUUUGCACAGUAAAAGAUAAAAAUUACAAAGCUUGCUUUAUUUGUAUAAAUAUGGUCUUUUGUACUAAGAAUAUAAAGAAAAGUCUUAUUAUUGGGAUUUAGCUAGAAAUCAAAUAAGAGCAUCUCUAGUUAUAUUUCUAAAUUUAAUUAGAACUUCACCAUAACUAAAAGCUAUGUUUUUAUAAUUUUUUAUGUAUAUUUACCUUAUAAUUUAGAUCAAAGUAAGUCCUUAUUAAAGAUAGUAGUUAAAUAAUAUUGAUUAAUUAUCUUGCAAAUUAGUAAUAAUGAGUAUAUUCCUAAUUUAAAUGAUAUUAAUUACAGAUAAUACCUAAUUUAAACUGCUAUUGUAAAGCAUUUUAAUAACCUUCAAUAUAAGUUUCAUAGGGAUCUUGCUCUUAAUAAUAGUAUAAAGACCUGUUCCUUACAGUAUACAUGACCUAAAUAUGCUUUAAAGAUUCUAAGUUUUUUUAUCCAAAUUAAUUCCUAAUUCUAUUUACAAGAUUGCUUAUUAAAAAUAGAUAAAUUUGUUAAGAAUAAACUCUUUAUGGAAAAUAGUCUAAAGGAAUUUAAGAGAGGUGAUUGCAAAAGAAGUAAAUUUUAAGAACUAAAAAUGGUCUUAGUAAUACAAGCUGCAAUAGAAAGAUAGUUAAUUCAAAAUUAGAAAUUCAUCAAUGAACAAACAGCUAAAAUAUAAUUUUUAUAAAUAAGCGCUAGAAAAUAGUAAUAAAGAGAAAGACCAACAUUGA